AUGAUUACCUGUUGCUUGCACAUCACUACCCGUCCCUCUCCCAAGAAGAUAACCAGUUACAGGUUUAGUCAUCAGGAACCAAGCUGCCAAGCUGAUGAUGGAGCUAAUACUACAACAGUUGAUGAUUAUGAACCAUUUAUAGAGGAUUACUCACUUUAUGCUGAUUAUGAUGCUGAGUUUAAUGUUGAAACUUCAUUUGAAAAACAACCAGAAGUGGAUUAUCUAGAGGGUAUGGUGAGUGAUGAUAGUGGAGAAGCUUUCUACUCUGAGAGUGGGCAUGGUUCUGAGGAUAGUGGAGAUGAUUCUGAUGACAGUGAAUACAAUGUGGAUGAGUCUAACAUACAAUUUGAUGUAGAUGUAGACAUGAGUGAAUUCCGUAAUGCUGUUGAUGUAGAUGAACAUGGAAUCUUGAACAAUCAUUCAAAAGAUGAAGGGAUUGACAUGGUUGAUGAUGAUUUGGAAGUUAUUGCCACUGAUGAUUAUCAAUUUAUAGGAUUUCAUGAAGAUGAUAGGAAGAGAUUGCUAAAAGAGUUGAGUAAGUUAAGUACAUGCUCACAUGGAAAGGUUCAUGUUAAACCAUUUCAGAUUGGCCAGGUCUUCAAAACCAAGCUUGAUGUUAAAAACUACAUGAACUCACAUGCUGUAGCAACAAGGAGGUCUUUAUACCUAGCCAAAAAUGACAAAAUCCGGAUUAGGGUGAAAUGUAAAGGUGUUGUAAGGUUACAAUCCGUCCACCAUGAAGUGAUCUUCGUUGCUUCAUUCCCACACCUGCAAGUCACCAUCUUUGAAUCAGAAGCGAUUCGAUGUCGUGAAGGGUGCAACGGUCGGCCGAGCAACAGUGGAAAGGAGGAGAGGAGAGAUGAGGACUGA